UCCGGUGGUUGGGUUCGGGGGUGAGGGCAGAGGAGAGUAGCCUAUAACGCCACACAAAGUGGAGGGGACUGAGAACUUAAGCUUGCCUCACCCUAAAGUGGCCUGGUGGACCUGGCUUGCGAGGUGGGGAAGAGGGAGGGCCCGAGCCCAGAGGGGUGGUUGGAAAUGGCUUUAAGGCAGGGCUGGAAGUUGAUUCUGGGGCGGAGUUUCACGACUGGACAAGUGAUGGGAGCUUUGGGGGCCGCUACGAUGAGGUUAAAUCAGAACAUCUUGCUGCUGGGGAAGAAGGUGGUGCUGGUACCCUACACCUCACUGCACGUGCCUAGGUACCACGAGUGGAUGAAAUCAGAGGAGCUGCAGCGGCUGACAGCCUCCGAGCCGCUGACCCUGGAGCAGGAGUAUGCAAUGCAGCGCAGCUGGCGUGAGGAUGCGGACAGUGAGAAGUGGAGGCCCUGGGCUGGGCUGGUCGCGGGAGGGCUGACUCCAGAGGCGGUCUCCAGGUUCCCUCCCGUUCUCAUUCCCAGCUGUAGCCCUUCUGGAGCCACAGGAGCCUUUUGGAAAGUACUUCAUGAAAAGCCUCAAGAGUGUACCUUCAUUGUGAUGGAUGCAGAGAAGUGGCAGGCCCAGCCGGGCACCACUGAAGAGAGCUGCAUGGCGGGAGACGUGAACCUCUUCCUCACAGAUCUAGGGGACCCCUCCUUGGGGGAGAUUGAGGUCAUGAUUGCAGAGCCCGACUGCAGGGGCAAGGGCUUUGGCACUGAGGCUGUUCUCAUGAUGAUGUCUUAUGGUCUGACCAAGUUUGAGGCUAAAAUCGGGCAAGGAAAUGAACCGAGCAUCCAGAUGUUCCAAAAACUUCACUUUCAGCAGGUUGCUGUGAGCAGCGUCUUCCAGGAGGUGACGCUCAGACUGACGAUGAGUGAGCCAGAGCGGCAGUGGCUUCUGGAGCAGACCAGCCACGUGGAAGAGAAGCCCUACAGAGAUGGCUAGUGGGAGCCCCGCUGACAGAGCCCUGCAGCAGGAGGCGAACGGAUGGAGCCUUUGGGGCCGAGUGCUCCUGGUCCUGCUCCAGGCUGGGAAUCUCCUCUCAGGGCCUUUCAGACUCUGGGCCGGACUUGCCCUCAGACUGGCAGUAUGGCUGAGGGACUCCAGGGCGCCCCUCCUCCCAGCCAAACGUGCACUCAGAUUCCGGGAACCUGGAGUGGACAGCACGAAUCCAUGGGAGGAGGCAGGGUGGAGCUGGAGCCGGAGCCGAAGGGUGCCUGGUGAAUAGGCAGGCCCUCCCUUUCCCCUGGGAGGCCAGAGGUGCCGCCCUGGGGCUGAGGCCCUGGCCGGGAGUGAAGCACACUGCAUGGCCAGCUUUCCGUUUCCUCGUGGGCCCGUGUAGACGUGAGCCCCUAGGAGGCCCAGCCAGCAGUGCCCGGUCCAGCGUGGGAGUGACAGGCAGGGGUAGCUCAGUGCUCUAGGCUGGGUGUGACCCUGGGAGCUUUGGAAAUGAAUGAGCUUGGCCCUGUUAGGAGAGAGAUGGCUUGGAAAGUGGGCGAGUGUCCUUGCUCCUCCUUUCUCUUCUCUGGAGCCAGUUUUGAAUGUUGAAUAAAUUAGUUUUGGACACAGCUUCUUGUGGCCGGAUCAGCCCUCUGCUGAAAGCUUCAGGCCCCCUGCUCUCCACUCCUCACCCUCACCCCUCUGGGAGAAGCUGCGCCUGACGAGGCCACGAGGGGGCGUCCGAGGCACAGGUUCUGGAUGAUCAGGCUGCCUUCAGAGGGGCUUAACAGGCAGAGCUGGGCCAGGUCUCCCCACCUCUGAGGAAGGGGGACACCCUUUGACUUCUCACCGUCCUCAAACCCUGUUGUAAUCUGGGGUGGCCAUCCAGAAAGGCCAGGCAGGUUUCAAAACACAAUCGUGGUAGAGAGUCUUGAGGGCACCUAGGAUAUUUCUGAGGGGAAGAAGCAAUCCCAGGCCAGUUGAGGUGGCUUGCCUGAGGCCUCCUGAUGGCAGAACCCGAACUGUGGCUGAAGCCUCCCAGCUCCCAGUCCCCUUGAUUCUGCCAGCUGACACCAGGCUAUGCAUGUAAAAAAAAAAGAAUCUAAAACAUGCCUGAAUCUAAGACACAAACUUCGCUUGCUCGGUCCCCCUUUGUACCAUGUCCCCAGCCCCGUAGCAUUGGGGUUCCCUCUGAGCCACCUGACCUUUCUUCCUGUCUUCAGCUUAAUCAGGGUCAAAAGUAGCUUAGGGCUUCCCCACCCAGUAGAUGAUGUAGUCGUCAGGCCUGCUCACCUGUGGGGGCCUCCAUCCGGGGUCAAAGGGUGGGGGCAAGGGUGGAGGGACCAGGCCAGGCCCGGCUGAGCCGGGCUUGGGGCAGCUGGUGCUAAUGAGGGGCUUUGGACACAAACCCAGAGGUCAGGAUGGCUGGAGAGCGACUGGCCUUUCUGUCAACCCUAGGGCCUCACAGGUCCCCUCCCUGGUUCGCUAGCCCUCUUCUUGUUCUCAGUCCCAGGAACCUGUUUUCUGAGGUCUCCUGGUUGGGUGGAGUAGCCCGGGGCCAGCUUCCCUUCCUUCCCUCUGAGCACCUCCUGGCCCAGCAGCCUCAGCUCUCAGGCCACCCUAGCAGACCCCUAGGAUGUGGCCUCAAGAGCCAGAGGUAAGCCAGAGACUCUUGAGGGCACCUAGGAUAUUUCUGAGGGGAAGAAGCAAUCCCAAGCCAGUUGAGGUGGCUUGCCUGAGGCCUCCUGAUGGCAGAACCGGAACUGUGGCUGAAGCCUCCCAGCUCCCAGUCCCCUUGAUUCUGCCAGCUGGAUCUCUG